UUGAUAUCAUAUAAUUUCGCGAACAAGGAAAUGACAGACAGAAAACAACAAUGGUUCUUUUUCAUUACAAAGUAGCCUUUGUUUGCUUAUGUUUUUUCCUACAAUUAGAGAAAUCAUUUUGUAAUAUAGAAGAUUUGUCAAAUACGUUUCUCCAAUGGAAAAUUGAGUUGGGGAAUAUCAAAAUAAAUGCUCCAGCGAAGAGGAAAAAUAGCAACUCAUCUGACUUGCUACCAGAUUGUAAAGCAUUUGUCUACGAAUUUAGUAAACGUGCCUCUCACUUUAUUGAGUGUUCCAUUGACAAUGCAAGACCAUUUCGUUUUUGUUGCGGUUGUGCUGAACAUUACAUGAAAGCAAAAACUGUGUACAAUGACAUUGUGAAGAAUGAUGGAACUUUGGACAACUGUAAGAAGCUACUGCUGGUAUCAGACAGAGUGCAAGUGAUAAAUAGUGUCAUGUCAUCCAUUGACAAGAUAUGGACGGAUGCCGAUUGUAAACAAUGUUUUUCUUCGUUGAGUGAAGAUGCAAAUGCUACAGUGCAUUACACCCUUAAGAAGGAGGUGGAAGAUUUCUUUGACCUAUACAACAACUUUACUGCCUGUGUUAAUCUCACUGAAAAUGUGCUUUCAGUAAAUAAGUUGAAAUGUUCAGAAUGUCACCAGAAUUAUACAGACAUGAACACAAGAUUCAACAACAUGCUUUUUGCUGACAACAAGAACCAGCAUGUUUGUAUGGAUAUUGUUGAUAUGAUGAACUAUACAAGAUUGACUUGGGGAGAGAUUUUGAAUUGUACGGUCAAUCAUCGGCAGUAUGUCCCAGCUGUAGUGACCAUUGCAUGCCUCAUGAUGUUGCCCGUCGCUUUUUACAUCACUGCUGCUUUACAUGGGACCAAGCGGGAGAGAAAUUUUAUGAUACCAAAGAGAUUAUUCCUCGGUAGUCAAAGUAACAACUACGGGAGUUUAGACAGUCCUCGUUAUGAUACCAUUACGGAAGGAAGGCCUUCAGCAAGACCCGAUGUAUCAAGGCCGUCUUCAUCUUCAAGUUCUGUAGACAGUGGGCAUCAAAACAAAUAAUGCAUGUUAUAUUAAAGGCGUACACUAUAGAUUGAUGCAUUUUUUUUUCAAAAAUGUUUAAUGCUUUAUUGUGUUGAACUCGUUUGGCUUUAAUGAUUAAAACGAAGAAAGGAAAGGGUUUCCAUCACUCCUUUCCUUGAAUAUAAUUAUAACGUUGUAUGUAUAGUACUAUGCGUUUUUUUACGUGUUUUAAUUGGGGAUUUUGUAGCCACGUAUCUAUUCAUGAUUAACAAAAACACAUUUUUAAAGGCUAACAUUUGUUUAUCUGUUCCUAAAUUAUAUGCUUUUUUGUUUUUAUCAUUUUAGUCAAAGGAGGUACAGGGUAAACAUGAUAAUGCAUUAAAAUUGAAACAAUUUUGUUUUGCAUCAACCUUAGUACAUGUUUAUUGUGCGCCUUUAAUUAUUACUGAUCAAUAUGAAUUACAUUUACAUGUGGACAGUCCAUUUGUGUUAGUUAAGUGCAAUAUUUAUUGUGACAAACUCUUUUGUAUUAUAAUAUUAUUAGAAUUGUGUUUUGAUUGUAAAAUGUAUAUUCGUAACAUUCCUUGCAUUACCUUUCGUUGUGAGCAGGGCAGAUUCAUGUGUAUACGCUGGUACGUUUUGCAUUUUGAUCUGCUGAGAAAACUGAUGCGUGUUUGCACAUGACUGUUAUGGUCUUGAACGUAAUUAAAUUACCCCAGUAUUACCCAUUUUUGAACCAUCAAAAAGUGAAAUAAGGUUAUUUUGUGCUGUCAGCUCAAGAAUUAUAGAACAUUGACAAGGGUUGGCUUGGUUACGGAACACAACAUAUAUGUAUUUUACAAAUACUUGUUAAAGCAUGUCAAAAUUACCGGUGUCAGGUUAGCGCAGUGGUAAGCACACUCACUUCUCACAAAGGCGACCCAGGUUUGAUUACCAGCCUGGGUGCAUGUGAGUGUGGUUGGUGGUCACCAAGCGGGUUAGGUCGGUUUUCUCGGGUACUCUGCUUUCCCACACAAUAAAUGACUAAACUCUCCACAAGUUAUCAUAAUUUUCUUCACAAUCGUUGUUAAAAUUUACAAUGUUUAAACUUAAAUUACCGGUUUUGUUAUUUGUAUUUUGUUUACUUUUCUUUUCUUUUGUAAAGUAAUCAACAUACUAAUGAAUGUCUUAAUUUUGCAAUGUCUGUCAUGCUGUGGAAGGUUGAACUUGUUCUAGAUCAGAUUAAGGAACUAAUUUAGUUAUACAUGUAUUGUGAAUAAUUAGUGCUUUGAAUGCUUAAAAUGAUGCUGUGAAGAAUUAUGUGCUUUAAAAAGAGCGAAGAGUUUAUGUCAAGGUUUCACAAUGUUUUUGCAUGAAGAGUUAAAUGGCUACAGUAAUGGUCUCUAUAAUAAUCCUGUGUCAUUUUAUUAUUACCACUAUGAUGUUAUAGUACAUUACAACAAACCUUACUUUUGACCAAAAUAUAGGAGCGAGUAUGCAUUGUUUUAUUUAUAGAUAAAUAAAGCUCAGGUGGGCUGUUCAGUCACCUUUGCUUUGCAGUUUUGCAUUUUACAAACCUCUUACACGAGUUAGUUAAAACUUAAAUCAAUGUUGUCUCGGAUAUCUUGCAGCCAAGUAAUGUAACUCUUUGUUGAUCUUUUAUCAAAGCUAUGCAAUAAAACAAUGAAAACUAUUGGGACAAGCCCAGUAUGAAGCAUUCAAGUAUAAACCCUGUAUAGACAAGGCAAUGGAACAGACGAUACCGAAAGUCACUUUUACCC